GGACUCAUACCGCGGUAUUAUUACGAGAUACUCUAAUUACCGAUGUUGUCAGAAUACACAGGAGUAUAUCCGAGGAAACUAAUACCCAUUAGUUAGCUGCUAUCUGUUUAGGUGGGAGGAAUCUAUUACGGCAUUGCCGUUUAGAAGCGAGGUGCAGAACUCUUCUACACUGUCUUGGGCCGGCUUAUCUCGGGCGAAUGACUUGAGCGCACCAUUUCACACCUAUACAGCGGGAAUCUGAGCUUGGCAGAAAGGUGAUUGGCUCGUGACAAGGGGCCGGCUAUAUGUAUGUAAAUGAACUCCCCAUGAAAUGCAAUGGAUUGCGGCCGUUGCACAACUGAUACUUAUAAGAUCGCCCUCUACUACACCUGACCUUAUCCUUCAAAAAGGCUCUAUUCAGCCACGCCCACCCGCGCAGCCGUACCGACAACUCUGCACUGCAUCGCUAUAGUCUUGAGUGAUACUAUUCAUUAUCCUGUCCAUUCAAUAUGAAGUUGACUCAGCUAUCUUACUUUGCUGCACUGGCUGGGAGCCACGUCGCCGCCGACAACAAUAAAAGGGCUCAUGGUGACGGCUAUGAGGGAACUAUCAUGGGCCCUGCGGCUUUUCUAUGGCCUGAGGGCAGAACUUGGAGCGCCUCGACCGACAACUCUGGGCCUUGCGGAAGUCCCAGCGGCGUGGUCAACCGAACACAGUUCCCCCUGACCCAGGGAACCGUUGAACUAUCCAUUGCGGACGACGCCUGGCACGUCAACUUCUCUAUCGCAUACGACAACACACCUAGUAUUCAGAGCCAGUUCAGCCAGCAAGUCGUCAAAGACGUCGCAGAGAUUGAGCCUGGUCACCAGUGCUAUAAGAUCGCCAGCAUCCCCGACAAUGUAGUUGCGGGAACCAACGCCACCAUUCAGCUAACGUACUGGUCGCAUUACGAGAACGAGAACAACGGCAACAAUGAGACUUUCUACUCAUGCGCUGACAUCACCUUCGUCAAACAGGAGGACCUAACCGCCCAACCACCAUGCUUCAACGUAACGGCAUCGGACUUCGACUCUGGCAGCUCAUCAUCGUCGGCUCCCUCAACUCCGAGUGCUACGGGUGCUUCUCCCUCCUCUACGGCAGUUACUAACGACCAGGCAUCGAGCUCACCCGGCGACGGUCUAUCCGGAGGAGCCAAAGCUGGUAUCGCCGUCGGUGUUAUCGUUGCGUCCCUUGCUAUCGUGGGUGUCAUCGCGUUCGUGGUCCUCCGCAGACGCAAGUCGCAGCCGCUCGACCGUGAGGCGUCUGCUCCCGCUAAGGGCCAGCCUGAGGUGGCUUCUGUCAACAGCCACCGUAACUAAGCUCGGGAAGUUUUAGUUUUGGAUACCUUGAUGGUAGUUGAAUAGUUGGACAAUUGGAUGUGAGAUGGUAUAUGUAUGAGUGGUAUGGAUUGAAAUGGAUAUGAGAAUAUGCGCCUUAUGCUUGCUUGCUAGAUAGCGAUGCUGAAUACGAAUACCUAACUCUACGAGUAUACCGUGUGUUAUCUACAUAGGGACCUUAACACGGUAUUCAGUUACCAUUGAAAAUCCUCGGUUCUACCUGCCUAGCCUCAAUUGAUACCUCGAGAACAUCUCGUCAAUAAAGUCUAUCCUUCUCUCGUCACAUGAUUGUUUCUCGCAUAAUGGGUUUUGCCUCUCACGUCUAAGUUAGCAUCUAUACUGCAUGGGGUUACUAUUAUGCCAGUAUGAUGAUAUUGUGUGAUAGACGGAGUUACCUCCGUCGUGGACAGCAUGGCGGUGAAACCCGCCGUCCACAUAGUAGAACCAAGGCACAGAACACAUGCUUCCUCGGUUUCGCGACUAUAAUGUGCAUCAUCUUGUGAUAUGUGAAGGACGAAUGGGGCCGCUAGCAAAUAUCCUUUAGAUCGUAUUAGCCACCAUCUUUCGAAGUCGAAAAGGGGGC